AUGGCUCCAGAACUCAGGCGUUCCAAGCGCAACCAAACCUCUUCGAAGACCGUGGAGCAAGCCACAAAGUCCAUGCCCGAGGCAACCGCCAACGAUGCGCCAACUGGUAGGAAACGUGGGCGCAAAUUCAUUGCAGCGGAAGAUACUAUAGAAGAUGCUCCAACAUCCAAAAAGCACAAAAGUCCUGAAGCCACCGAGUCUAUCACAGAACAUCUACCAACACGACCAAGGCCGCAAAAUCAGCCUUUACCUCCAUUUCUCGCACUCCCCCGCGAGCUUCGCGAUGAAAUAUACAAGCACGUUCUAGAACACGACGGCUCUACAACUCUCAAAUCCGGUUCCCGCAACAUUGCCACCCGCUGCGGCCUCGUGGGAGUCAACAACCAGCUUUGCGAAGAGUUUCUCGAUGCCAUCCUCUUCCACGCUCCUGUCAUAACGACCACAGUUCGGAACCACAACUUCGCUCAUGUGGUCACCUUCCUCAACCGCCUAUCGCAAGCCCAACUCACCCGGCUAAGCUCCCGGGGAUCCAAAGCCGCAGAGCAAGACGACGCAAAGUCCAAACGCAAGAUCCGCAUUACAAUAUCGUACACCGCAGGUGCCAAAGAUAGUCGUGCUCACCUCAAUCGCUGGCUCGACAGGUUCGAUGUCCCAGACAAGCGCGGGAAAGAGAUUGAGUUCGAGUACCAAGGCGAUGGAACUUAUCACAAUGGCGGGUACAAGCAGCGGCCGAGGACUAGGGCUACGGCGAGUGACAGGUGGAAUGAGGAGGCGGCGAAGAUUGGGAAGGCUGCUGCUAGGUCUGGGAGAGCUGGUGGUGGAUGGGGCGGCUACUGCGCAAACUGGGAUAGAACCUAA